AUGAUAACUUGGAUGGGAAUUCAGAAGCCAUCAUGGAUGAAAGCUCUUUAUGUGGAGAAAUUCUUUGCGCCAUGCUCAAUUCAUGAAAGUGCUAAGAAGAAUGAGAAGAAUGUUUGUUGUUUGGAUUGUAACAUAAGUAUAUGUCCUCAUUGUGUGACUUCUCAUCGUGUCCAUAGAUUGCUUCAAAUUAGACGCUAUGUAUAUCAUGAAGUUGUUCGACUUGAAGAUUUAGAGAACCUUAUAGAUUGCUCCAAUAUUCAGGCAUAUACAAUAAACAAUGCUAAGGUGGUAUUUAUCAAGAAGAGGCCUCAAAACAGGCAAUUCAAAGGAGGAAACUAUUGCACUUCUUGUGAUAGGAGUCUUCAAGAACCAUAUAUCCAUUGCUCUCUUGGGUGCAAGGUAGAUUUUGUGCUAAAGCACCACAAGGACCUUUCUCCAUUUUUAAGGAGAUGCACAACUUUACAACUUAGUUCAGACUUCUUUAUUCCUCAAGACAUGGGCGAUGAUGACAUGGCCAUCGGGACAACCCAUUCAAUGGUCGUGGACAACGACGAGCCACGGAGCUCGUCGUCGUCCACGGGCUCGGGUUCAGAGAACAUGAGCUUCCCAUCCACUGAGUUUGUAAGGAAGAAGAGAACUGGAAUGCAUGUUUGUGGAAGAACAGCUAAUAAUUAUAAGGACAUUAACGAGGAAGACAUGGCUAGUAAUAUGAGUAGAAGAAAAGGCAUUCCUCAAAGAUCUCCAUUGUGUUAGAACUUUAGAAGAAUAUUGUCUCGGUUUCAAAUAUUAGUCGUUUUGUCAACCUUAAUUUGUGUUAACAAUUCGACGUUUUAGAAGAAAGAAAGAGGCAUCUAUUAGUAGUACUUUUUUCAAGUCUAUCGUUGCUGUUCGACUGGAGUAUUAAUUAAGACGUUUAAGGAGAGAUAAACGAAUUUAGAUAAAUAUUCUUAUUCUUAGGGAGUUAAUUAGGACUAGUAAAUUUUAUUCUAAAAGGGCCUGAA